CCUCUCUUGCAGCUUCCAAUUAAUUUCCAGUGUUGUUUUAAUGAGUGAACAAAAGGCUCUUUGUCCCAGUCCCCCAGCAGCCUGGGAGCAGGGAAGGGAAAGAGCAGCGUUCUUUAAGAAUACUGCUGAACAAGGGCAGCCAGCUUAAGGGAAGAAUCCUCUCUUGUCCAACCAGUGACCAGUAGGUUGCUCCAUUUUUAGAUUGUUUGCCUGUUCUUCUCCCCCACUCAGAAGGCUGGGUUACUCCCAGGAAUGUACCUGACCCAACACAAAUAGCAGCUGGUGGGAAUCCUGGGAAUGCUGUGUUUCCCCAGGAUUAUUUCCUCUGCUGACCCCUGAGCGCCUUGUGACCACAGGCUCAGUGUGCUGCCCAUUCCCAGGGGGAAGUGAUCAAUCCACUUUCUCUUUUGUGCUGGAGCAUUUGGAUGCUUCCUGCAGGGCGAUGGGGACAUUACCACUGAAUCACACCUGGAUUUAAGACCAGGCCAGGCUCAGUUUUGUCUGGCGAGAUUUGAAACAAGAUUUUUGAAAACCUCCGCUGCAUGGAGCCAAAACCAGCUCCCACUGGAGUAUUUGUAAACAGGAGCCUCCAGAAAUACCACAGAACACUUCCCCCAGCCUAGGAAGUGCUCAGAGACAUGGAUUUGAUCUUUGCUCUGUGUUGUGCAAGAGCUUGGCAUAGAAGCCGAGUUCCUGGGGCAUCACCUGUCUUGCCUAACAGAGCUGGAAUAACUCACUGGGACAGCGUCUUCCUCCUGCUGUAGCCCAUUGCCCGGGUUAAUGGGUUCAUUCUGUCCUCUCUGGGCCACCAGGCAGAAGUGCCAUCCCCAGCCUUUCAUCCUACCCCUUUUCUGGGAGUUCUGGGGCCAGACAGAGUGCACUGGAUGAGACAGCAAGUGCUUCCCGAAUCUAAACUGCAUUUGCCAGGAGGCAGAAAUUCCUGCCGCUCCCCUUCAAACCUUACUGGGCUAUCGGGAGCACAUUGCCAAACCCUUCUGGUGUGUUUGUAAAAAUUUACCUGCUAGUUUCUGAAGGUUGGAUGUGCUUGGAGGGUGUGGGGGGGUCUGAUGUGACCGCGGAGCAGAAACCUGAACAGAAAGGGGAGGAGGCAACAACAGUGGAAGCAAAAAUAUUUCAGGAUUGGAAGCGUGCCAAGAGAAUUGUUUGCAGGAAACAUUUCUGUUCCGUCAAGGUGUAGGAAGUUUUUUUCUUUCCCCCUCCAGUUAAUGACCUCGCACUGGUGCGUGGUGGGGCCGGGGUCCCGCUCUGUCCCGUGCCGGUUGGCAGUGGGAUGCACAAAGCCGCCGCAGUCGCAGGGGUGCCAGGGGCUCGUCGGGCUGGGUCAAGGGCGCGGUGCCAGCCCAGGCCGGUUCCUGUGCUCACGUCCCGCGGGCGUGUCCCUUAAAUCCCGCAUGGGAGCGGCGCGGGACAGGCAAGCGCCAGCGGAGCCGAGCGGAGCGGUGUCAGCGAGGAGAGAUGGCCUCGGUGGGUCCCCCCGCAGCCUCCACGCAGCCCGCUCUGCCCUCCGGACCCGCCGUCUUCAAAACCAUCCCCUACGCCUUCAUCCUGCCGGAGAUCGUGAGUAUGCCUCGCUCCGCUGCCUCAUGGAACCCACUCCUGGCUAAAAUACCCUGAAACCAUCCUGAAGGCAUCCUUACUGGAAAGUGACAUCUUGUCUUGGAGCUUAUGCUGAAUGCACAAAGUAUUCCUGACGGGGUUUUUAGGAACAGCUUGAGGACAAGGUAUACUCAGCUCCAUCACAGCCUGUGUGAGGGUCCCUGGCUGCCGUGGGGCUGAGAGAGGCUGAAGAGCUGAUGGCUCGUCCAGGGCAUGCUAGCAGCUCUUGUUGUCAUGAAGCAGCUCUUGUUAACUUCUAGAAAUGGCUUGAAAAUCAAGGGAAUUUUGCUCUCUGUAUCAAAUCGCUCCAGGGGUUGAAGACAAUUGGGCGUCUGCUAAUGUGCAAUGACAUUCCAUGAUUCUUUCAAUUGCUUCUGGGUCCAGAGGGCAUCCAGGGGACCAGCCAAGAUUUUAGCUGGUGUACUUUGUCAUGGUGCUGGCAAUCCACACACCCUGUGCUCCAUAGGCACGAUCCCUGCCCGUGGUGGCUGGCUCAGCUCCCUUCUGCAAUUCCAGGGCUUUCACCCACCACAGCUGGGAUGGCACAGGGUGGCACGGGCUCAUCCUGAUAACUCCAUGGGCUUUUUGUAGUCAGUAAAUAUUUUGGGUGGAUCGCUCCAGGCUGGUGCAUGGAGCUGAGAGGAAACUUCCUUGUGCUGCAAUUCCAAGCCCCGGAGAUUAACGAGUGAGCAGGGCUGGGUUGAGGCAACUGCUCACUUUUUCCCAGAUAAAAGCACUUUUUCUGGCUUCUCCACCAAAUCUCUUGGGGUGAGACAUUUCCUUGUGUGGAAGGCAGCAGCAAACCCUUUCCUUUUGUGUGAACACUCAUUUCCCAUGAGUUUUCAGGGAAACCAGUGCCAAUUUGCUUGCUUGCUUGCAUCCCAGUGCUCUGGGAAAGAUGCAAGGGUUCUGCUGGCUGCUGCAGCUGGCCCAGGAGGGAGGCAAGGAGGGAACUGGGGAGGAAGAGGGCUUUUUCUCAUUCCACACUCAUCAGAGGCACUUGAUUGUCCCUGGCAGCUCUGUGGGACCUGGGUGUGGAUCCUCGUUGCUGCUACCUCCGUCUCCUUGCCUUUGCUGCAGGGAUGGGUGAUGUACGUGUCCCUCACUUCCUGCCUCAUCUCCCUGCUGCUCCUCAUAAGCUACCUCCUCGGCUUCCACAGGAACAGCGAGAACUGGAAAGUGCUGGACAGUUUGUACCAUGGCACCACAGCCAUUCUGUACAUGAGCGCCGCUGUCCUGCAGGCCAACGCGACCAUCAACUCUGAGUUCGGUGUCAAUGCACCACUCAACUACCAACUCAACAGCGCCGCAUCGUUCUUUGCCUUCCUCACGACCUUCCUGUACAUCCUCCAUGCCUUCAGCAUCUACUACCAGUGAUCCUGGCAGCACCAGAUUCACCUUUUCAGGAUGAGGGCUUUCCCAGUGUGAAAGCCCCAAGGUGUCUGCCCCAGCCCUGUCACCAGGCCUCAGGAACAGCAAGUCCUUUUGCACUUCAUCACAGGAGGGACUUUGCUGGCACACAUUGGUUUGCCUGCGGGACAUUUCCUGCCUUACCUGGGGGAGGGACUUGCAAGGGGAGGGACUGGGCACAGGCCCCAAGCCUCCAAUAUCGACAUUCUGCCAAAUAUUGACAACCAUGGGAAGAGGAAAACAAAAACAAUCACUGUUCCUUCAGCAAACAAUCUCCUUUCUUAUGUUAUUUACCUUUCUCUAGUUCAGCUCCAUCCCUCCCCAACACAAGUUCAUAACAAGUUCCUUGACUUUCAGAUGGUUUCAUUUGGUAAAUGAUGUAUUUGGAAUAAAGAGUCAAUGGACAUA